GCAGGAUGUAUACAAGCAAUAAAUAAAUUAAUAAUAAAAUAAAAAUACCAACAAUUCAAUAACUUAACAAAUGCAAUCUCUGAAAACCAACCACCACUAUCAUGAAUUGAGAAAGAAGGUUGUCGAGCCGUUUUUCUCUUCCCCAGAGCUGCCCUCCUGUCAAUCCCGUAACAAAAGAAAGGCCUCAGCCCGUAACAAAACUAAAGCAAAUAGCAAGCCCAAAGUAGCAAUCCAUAAGGCCCAAUAUCAAGCAAUAACCCAAAUCAACGAGGUCCAAAUGAAACUCUAAUCAAACAAAUACAACUAGGCCCAAGCACUUCUGCUUGAAUCAAAAUGUAGGCUCGAACCUCAAAAUCAACCAAAUGCAAAAUGCAAAGCCCACAAGCAAAAUCCAAAUCCUCAAAAUUAACAUCUGAAAAUCGAAAAGAAUUUUACCUUGUUUGAAGAACGCUAAGAUGAAAGAGUGAAGGGAACUGCUGCGAAGAGUGGUAGAACCUGUGAAGGUGGAGGGGGAAAAGAGAGAGAGAAGAGAGAAAAAGAAAAGAAAGAAAAGGGAAGGAGAAGAAAAUGGGGGAGCGAGGAGGAGUGGGGGUUGCCCAUGAAGAAGAGAAAAAUAGGAGAAAAAGCAGGAAAGGAAAAAAGGAAAGUAAUAAAAAAUAAAAUAAAAAUAAAAUGGGCAAAUUUAUUGCAAACAAGACCUUAAUUUUAUCUUACAAAAAAAGAAGGGGAAAAAAAAAAGUAGGGGAGGGAGGGGAGGAAGACGGGGAGAAUUUCACAUUUCAGUAUUGAAAUGUUCCACGCUUGAUACAAACGGGAGAUUCUAAAACCCUCCUAAAACCCUCCUAUACAAUACUGGGCAAUGGCCAUGGCCCGAAUAAUUCGACCCUUGCGAAGAGCACUGAUUUCUUCUUCCAAAUCCGUAACUCAGAAAAACCCUAACCCUCUCCAUCUUCAAAGCCCCAUUUCCAUCUUCACUACACGAAGCUACAUCUCCGAAAUGCGCAAAUCGGCCUUCGAAGGCAACAUCCUCAGACUUCUACGCAGCGAAAUCGAAUACGAGCUCGAGCAUUUUACUCCUAAAGAGCUUGUUGUGGAAUACGAUUCAUUUGUUGUUGAGGAACGACCAGGAGAGCAGUGGAUUAGAUUGAAGAAAAAAUUUGGAGAGAAGGAAGAAAUUAAAAUUGAAGUCACCAUGUUUGAUGGGUCUAUUCCUGUUGAGAAAUCCCCUGAUGGUAUUCGCAUUGGACAAGAGGUGGAGCUUCAUAUUACUUUGAUUGUCAAUAUUUCUAAAGGGGAAGGCAGUGAUGUCUUGGAGUUUGUGUGCUCAGCAUGGCCGCAGAGUGUAGAGAUUGUGAAUGUUCUUGUGCACGGGAAAGAUGGGAGGCCUAAUCAGCUCUACAUGAGUCCUAAAUUCAAGGAUUUGGAUGAUGAGCUGCAGGAAUCACUCUAUGAAUUCUUGGAAACAAGGGGUAUAGAUGAUGAUCUUGCCAUUUUUGUGCAUGAAUAUAUGAAGAACAAAGAUAAAACUGAGUUUAUUCGAUGGAUGGGAACUGUCAAGUCUUUUAUAGAACAGAAAUAAAGGGCUUAGUUCUACCAAAUUUUGGCCAAGAUUGGUUGAUAGAUCAUAUGUGCACUGAUUACUUUAAGGUAGCUUGAUAUUCAUUAUUGUUUUUUGGGGCUCAUAUUCAUAUUUCUUUAUCUAUUCCAAGAAGGAGAAGAUUCAAGUGAACAAGAUAUGUAAGCUGAAGGAUCUUAAAUGUCUUUGGAGCUUCCAGUGAUAUUACUGAAAUCUCUUAAAACCCUGCCAACCCAUGCACUUGGAACAGCAGAAAUUUGCUGGCCCACUGUAGGCAGGUUGAAGUCUUCUCAUAUGCCCAUGAAUAACUUUUAGGUCUCUUCACUCUUCGGUACUAAGGUUGUGCUGCUUCAACCUCACAAAAACCAGCAUUUAGUUUUCUCUUUGUUUGUUUUUGCAUGGCUGUAUGAGGAAAGAAUAGAGUUUGUAGAAAAUUGUGUUUA